AUGGUCACCGAAGGCCUGCCAGUCAAAUGCAGCACCUGCGAUGACCGUGGAAGCGUGCCUGACCUGAUCGCUGCCGUCACGGCCGCUGCAGCUGUGGUUGCCGGUCAGGCUGUGGGCUCUUCUUCUGCCUCAAAUGCAUCCUCUGCACAUGCAGCCGCAUCCACUGCUGUGGCCACGGCCAUCCAAAAUAUGAAGCUUGCCCCGCCUCGGCGUGGCUCUUCAAGCUCGGCUGCAAAGCCGGAACCUGAAAGUCGGGCAGAAAGUCAUCCCUCUUCGGCUGCCUCAUCAGUUCGCCGCAACGGCACGCCCAACCGCUCCACCCCUCGAUCGGUGACGUCAACAGCACCACCCUCUACUCCCGCAGAAGCGACCGCCGACUCCAGCAGCCACUUUCGAAAAACCUACGACGAUUCUGUGGCCAAGCGUGCUAUUCCUUGCGAUAACUGCGCGAUGACUCUCCCAUGCCGGAAACAGGAUCCCGCCAACGGUACUGAAGACUCUGGUGCUGCUGACUCGCGCAAGCCCACCCUGCGAACCCGUGUCCCAUGUGCGCGCAUUUAUGACGGGGCACCGAGCGAGAACUCCCACUUCCCACACUCAUCGCCCUCCGUAUCUUCGUCGUCGUCGGACACCGAAAGCGAAGAGCGACCUCCUUCCCGGUACUACAGCCAAGGCCGCCACCACCAACGGACUGGCACCAUGAACUCGGCUACUACGUCGAGGUCUAGUACCUCCUCUUCUGCCUCUCGGCUAAUCAACAGCCACACACACUUUAUCGACUACACAUCCACCCACGAGCCGACCACCGUCAACACAUACUACAUCAUCCGCGCCUCUUGUCUGCGCACCCUCACUCUCGAAACUCUUCCUCGCAGCUCUGUGUCGAGUGCUGCAGCUUCUGCCGGAGCCGGGCCUGCUGGCCACAUGGGGCAGCCGUCUCCGGCAAUGUCCCACUUUGCAUCCUCCCCGCACGGCGCUGCCAAUGCAGCAGCGGCAGCAGCUACGGCGAAUGGUGGUCCUCUGUUCUUCGGCGAUCCGACUGCUGGCUACACGACGGCGCAUGUCUUCCGUGUGUCUGACGUUCACGCACGCGGCCACAAGCGCGUGUAUGCCCUCAUCGCCUUGAGCACGUCUCGGGAGCGGUUGGCAAUGAAGGCAUUUGGCUUCGUGUCGGCGGCGUUUCACGAGCUCGCCACUUGGAUCCAGCAGCUGGCCGAUGCCGAGGCCGAACGUGUUGCUCCCCAGUCCGAGUCUGCCAAUGCCUCUUCGCGUUCUGGGACCAACACUCCCGCGGUGGGGGCUCACGUGACCGGCUAUCCUCUGGGUGCGCCGAACGCUCCGAUGUCUCCUCCGCCGACGCAGCCGUCGUCAGUAGUCAACGACAGCCCUGCAAGCCAAGGCAGCAGUUUUCUUGCUGCUGCGGGCAAUGGCUUGUCGCGAAGAAUGGGCCCAGGCUAUGCUGGCUUCGGUGGGCUGGGCAGCUCUUCAAUCUCGUCUCUCCGUGCGCGCGGGCUGCCCGAGAUCUUGGGCAAGCCUGACUUCUUCAUCGAGCUUCAUGCACGCUUUGUCACGCUUCUGCUGGAGCUUGGCAUGAUGCUGAGCGCAUAA